UGGAAUAAUCGCAUUCCUGUGACACUUUUAUUCGAACUUUCAUAUUUAUAUUGCAUAAUAAGAUUAUCAUACUUUUAAGGUUCUAAGUGUAGAAUUUUCCAUUGCAAAAAUGGAAUUCUUCGGAAAUACAAUGUGUGGUCCACAAAAUUAUAUGAAGGAUGUAUUGAAAGAGGACUAUCACGAACCUACGACGGAAACUGAAGUUAAGGAGUUGUUUAAAAAACUUUCAAAGACAUAUAGCGACAAAGACAAUCAUCGAGGAUUGAAUGGUUUCGCAUACGGUUCAUUUGAACGAUUUUUAGACAUGAAAAGAAAAGGUUUGUUAAAACCUGUUGGUCCAUGUGAAAUGUACAGAAUUCCUCCCACGUCUUGCCAUGAGUUUGGAUGGUGGCUACAUGAUACAUCACUAAUUGGCGAAAGUUGGUACCAGGUAGAACAACGAUAUCCACAGCCUGCUUCUCCAUAUUCAUUAGCCCUUGAUAAAGAACGUAAAGUUAAUAAAUAUGCGACACUAUUUUAAAUAAUUUAACGUAUUAUUUAUAAUUUUAGCUAUAAAGAAAACAAUGUAUUUGCGAAAAGUAAAUCUGUAUUAUACAUUGUACACGUUUUAAAUAAAUAAGAUUCAUUGCA